AUGAGUAAUCCAGCAUCAACUGAUGAACAAAAUCGUUUACCAAAAGACGGAAUCGUUGUUCAAACGAUGCUUCAAGAGAUGGGUAUUACAAAUUAUGAACCAAAACUAAUUCCAAUGGUACUCGAUUUUAUGCAUCAAUAUACAACCGACGUUUUAGAAGAAGCAAAACUAUAUUCAAUUCAUGCUGGAAGAAAACAAGUUGAACUGGAAGAUAUUAAAUUAGCUUGUCAAAAUUGGGCCGAAGAACAUUCAACAAUGCCAUCAAAAGAUACAUUAACUGACUUAGCAAAAACUAAAAAUCGCAAUGCACUACCACCUAUAAGAAAUUUUUCCGGUCCACGUUUACCCGCUGAUAGAUUUUGUUUAUUAGCACCGAAUUAUAAAUUGAAAGAGACAUCCAAUGAAAAUUCAACAAAUCAAACAACACAACAACACGGUACAUCUAAUAAUCCAACAGGCCCAACAUUUAUAACCGAUCAUUAUAACCCAUUAACAGGAACAAUAACAACAACAACAGCUAGUGGAAGUUUUGCAACAAAUGACUUAUUUUCAUCGACGAAUUCGAGUAGUAACAAACGAAAAAUGAAUGAUUCUGACGAUGACGAUGAUAAUUAUGAUAUGUAA